AUGGCAAAGGUCAUGUUGUACGAGGAACCCUCAGAGGUCAGCGGAUUGUCAAAGUGGUCCAGGUUUACGGGAAGGAGGUUGUCACUGAACAAGUGCAGUGGGGAGUGGGGGCUUAACAGUGCAGCUGUUCUCAUGGGCAUUCACCCAAGAAGCUUUGGUGAAUGGGUGAAUUUGGCGAAUUGCCUGAGAGGUGGUGAGAGCCUGCCAGGGUCAAGCCUUGGGACCUACCACACUGCUUACCUAGCUUGUGGGAAGCAGUCCUCACUUCCUGUGUACAGAGAGCCAGUGCCUCUCCCCUGCUCCUCACACUUCUCCCCUGCUCAUCACUCCUCUCCCCUCUCCCCUGCUCGUCGCUCCUCUCCCCUCUCCCCUGCUCGUCACUCCUCUCCCCUCUCCCCUGCUCAUCACUCCUCUCCCCUCUCCCCUCUCCCCUGCUCAUCACUCCUCUCCCCUGCUUUCCAGGAGGACCAGCCCAUCUACUUGGCGGUGAAGGGAGUGGUCUUUGAUGUCACCUCUGGAAAGGAGUUUUAUGGUCGAGGAGCCCCCUAUAAUGCCUUGACCGGGAAGGACGCCACCAGAGGUGUGGCCAAGAUGUCACUGGAUCCUGCAGACCUCACUCAUGACACUACGGGUCUCACAGCUAAGGAGCUGGAGGCCCUGGAUGACGUCUUCAGCAAGGUGUACAAAGCCAAGUACCCCAUUGUUGGCUACACAGCCCGCAGGAUCCUCCACGAGGAUGGCAGCCCCAACCUGGACUUCAAGCCUGAAGACCAACCCCACUUUGACAUAAAGGAUGAGUUCUGACGUCUAGCUGCAAAGGGCUGGUUCUGGGGUGAGGUGAGGGGUGGGACAGGGGUUAAGUGUCCCGUGGAACAAUCUGGGGAAGCCCCCCUGGGGUCACCUGCAUCUGAAUAAAGCUGACGUUUAACUGGGA